GCUUAACGGACGCGAGUUAGUAUUCACCUACCCACUUUUGAAACAACGGACUGCACUGCACCCUCUCAUAAGCACAUGCUCGACGCGUUCAUGGGAUUUCUCUCCUAAUACCUUUCCAGUUCAUCGCGAGGAAUCAUGGGUUUCUUCAAACGCUUCAGGCGUCACAAAAGCCCCAAGAAGAGCGAAUCGCGCCCGCGCAACGACCUCUACGCCCCCGCAGUAUACGACUACCACGGCCCCGACCAGACGCAGCGACUGCCCGAUAAGGUCCUCCGCCGCAUAUUCGAACAAGUGUGUCCGCAUUCAGCCGACGAAUCUCUCGAAGGCAGCGAGGACAGCGGUCAUGAUGGCUGCAUGAGCUGUGAUAUGCGGGACCUUGCACAUUGUGCCCUGACCAAGCGACAAUGGUAUGGCGUUGCUGCAGGGUUGCUAUACAACAGCAUCCGCAUCGACGCGGUCCACUACUGCGAGCUCGAAGAGGUCUACGCCGACCAGCGCCGGCGCAAGUCGCGAAACGGCGAUGACAUUGACGCGCCCACGCUCCGGCUGCAGCAGCUCGGCCAGAGCGUGCGUGGAAACCAGUACCUCGGCCAACGCGUACGCUUCAUCAAGCUACCAUACAUGACCCGCGAGGCAUGCAAAGCUGAUCUGGCAAGAACGGUAUCGGGCUGUCCGAACAUCGAGUUCAUUGACCUUCCAGACGGCUUCUACAAUGGCGACCAGUCAUGUCAGCUGCUGCGUCAGGAGCUGCAGGCGCGCUGCCCUCAUAUCCGGAAGAUGAAAUACAACGAGGGCGGAGAGCAAUCGCUAGAGACGCUGCUCCAGGGCUACUGGCAAGAGCUCAUCUCGAUUGAGCUCAACAAAAUACAGAUAGAGCCCAGCAUCCUGAGGCAGGUCUUCGGCAUGCUGCCACGGCUUAAGAAGCUUACCAUUACUGGCGUAUCCUGGCUGAAUGACUCCACCUUCCACGAUGCACCGGGAAUCCCCAACUUUCCCGCGCUGGAAUCUCUCACGCUGACCAAGUGUCAUGGUGUUACUGCAAACGGGCUCGCUCAGUACCUCUACAACCCAAUGUGCAGUGGUAGACUGCGAACAUUGAUAUUGAAAGAUUGCGGCAGUAUUCCCGUACCUUCCCUUCACAUUAUUCUGCAAGCGGCAGUCAACCUCAAGACACUAGAAUACUUCGCCACAGUUUCCGCGUCCCUUCCUUUGGAUCCGAUACCACCCAUGACAUCGUACACGCUGCACAAACUCAAUUUUGAAGUCACCUCUAGCUCCGCGAACCAAGUAUACCCGCCAAGUGCAUCAUGCUACCAGUACCUUGCGAACUCGCUCAUCGCCAACUGCCUCCCUGCUUUGCGACAGCUCUAUGUGCGCGACCCCGAAUUUCCAGAAGUCCUCACGCUUGCGCCACCGAUCCGGCCAUUUAGCGAAGCACCGCCGCCCAUGUUCAAUCAGCCAUUGGAGGUUUACUCCAAGGGUCUGGACGAGUUGGACUGGAUCUUCACAUCUAUCAUGCCCCCCGAGGCACAGGGACGCCGAGCAUCAGUGUCAGUAGGACGACCACUGAGCAGCUAUUCAGCACACAAGGGUCUGGGACCCCAAUGGGGUGGAGACGCUCGUAAGAGUAUCGUGGUACCAAACGGCUUCGGUGGUUUCCUAGCUGUACCUGCAGACAACGAUGGGAGACCCAGGAGUGCUGGGCACAUGGCGCCUAGUGGAGGCUUCGGCCACGGCUACUCCAACUCGCUUGGUGGCAGGGAGCCAAGUCCACGUGCCAGCUGGAUGAGCCACGCGGGUCGCGAGAAGCGAGCUUCGAGGGCUGACCUCUGGCGAUGAUUUGUGCAGUCGCCACAUGCAUUCAUCUCUUUUUCCAUUUCUUUUUUUCACUUCUCACGUUUUGGAUACCCGUCCAUUCUUCUUCACCUUCAUAGGCGAUCUUUGUAAGAUACCAAGAGGAGUUAUUUUUGAUCUUUACAGGGGUACGGUGCGAUACUGGGAUGAAUCAUUGAGAUGGCUGGCACGAACGAAGAUACCUCUGAUGUGGGAUUGGGGUUGGUUGGCUAUCUGUAAAUAAGAAAGAAUUACAAAAGCCUCAGAAUACGGUGG